AGCAGUAUUUACCUUUUAGCACAAAGUUUCACUGUGCGUAUUAAUCUGACACAUGUUCUCAUAUUGUACUUUGAAGCUCUUUCUAUUAGACAGCUAUCACGUACAGAAGUUGUUCAAACCCACCACGUUGUUUUUCGGUCGGUUUCACAACACGGUGAUGUCCAAAGCUGGUUAGCAUAUAAGCUAACUAGGUUACAGUUGUUUCUAGACGGUCUGUCAACCACUGCAACAACUCGCGUAAAUGACGACAUAAGUCAAAAGUCUGAAUGAUAAAAUACUAAAGAUUUUCAAUAAGGUACUCGACUAAAUCAAGUAAUUUCUUACUCAAUUGUUCACAUGGCAACACAGGUGGUUAUCUUCCAAACCAAUGCACCAGUAUGUGCUGUCCUGCAGUAGAUCGUAUUAUGUAUGGCUGGCUAUGGUAUUUUGAGAUUUGCUCACCUGUUGAAGAAAGGACUGCCCCAGAAACACAUCUGGACACGACGAAAUAACACUUCGUUAGUGGUGUCAGCUCAGGUUGUAUUAAUGACUGCACUGACAGACUUUGAACCUUUAGCAAAGAGACUCAGGGUUGAAACAAGUGCCCCAACGUCCCCUUCAUCUUCUAUCCAAGGCACAUCUGCAUGCAUUCAGAGCAGAGAUAAUGAGACAGUAGAUCAAGAAAGGAAAGACAACAAUUCAGAAACAACGAUGGAUAUACGGCCAAAGACUGGAGCAGCUGGUUUGCGAGGUGUAAAGACAAAAGGCUCCCACCACAAAAUCAACCCCAUACAACAACAGAAGUUUCAAAAUACUCUUAAAGGAUGGUUGGUGAAGCCCAAAAACACCCCAAGUACAUCUGAAGUGUGCCAAACACAAGAGGAUGUAGAAAUGAUUGAUGGUGACGACAUUCAAAGCUCCUCAGCUCAAUCUCUGGACUGCCAAAAGUCUGAAAAACCUGCCAUCUCUGACUCAGAUGAAGAAACCCAACUCUUAACACCACAAGACCUGGAGGAAGACAACCCUGUGUCACCAGCUUUGAAGGAUUCAGCAGAAAGUGAGCUUACAGAGACACUGACGUGCAGUGAUGGUGAUGUAGAAGAAGAAGAAGGAGAAACAGUGUCGUGCUCAGUGAGCUCUGUCAAACACAAUACCAAAAUAACAGAUUUCUUUUCAGGGACUUCGUCGUCAUCUGGCUCCCCUUUAACACAGGGCAGGCCAAAUAAGUCUCAAAUGAAACAAAAUGCAGACAAGAAAACUUCCUCAGCUGAUGUCGACCCCAAUGUCACCUGGCUAGGGACGCCAAUCAGUGAGCUGAAAAGAAUGCCUGAAUGUGGCAGACCAUUUCCUCCACUGAAGGAUUUUCCUGGCCUGCAUACUGUGAUGAUAAGGACAGACCUUCUUCAGAGUGAUAAAGUUCCUGCUCCAUAUCCUUAUAAGUUUACCGAUUCUUGGGACGAUGUCCAUGUCAAAAUGCCCUGUUCUGAUAGUAACCUGUUUCCCAUUGAAGAUAAGGAAACGAGAGAGCGACAGAACAAGAGUCGCUGGGAGCUGAUCACUGAAACGUUGUCCAAGAAAUUAACGAGUUCACUGGAAUUGCGGAAUGCAAUAUUGAAAUAUUGUUCUUCACUCGCCAAGAAAUGGGACUUCACAGCAUUACAUUUGUACUGCACUAAGGUCCUGGAGCCUGAUGCUGCCGAACAUCUGUUUAGUUCCCUGCUGCCAGACAUGGUGCAAUUAGCACUGAGAGCAUCUGAGCUCUGUACCAAGCCCAUACCCCUCCUCAAGAGAGGCAUGAACCACUCCAUCACCAUGUCUCAGGAGCAGGUGGCAUGUCUGCUCGCCAACGCCUUCUUCUGUACCUUCCCCCGACGCAACUCCAGAAAGACAGAGUACUACAACUACCCAGACAUCAACUUCGUCAGGCUGUUCGAGGGGUCCUCCUCAAAGAAGAUUGAGAAGCUGAAAACUCUUAUGUGCUAUUUUCAAAGUAUCACUGAGCAAAAGCCCACUGGUCUUGUAACAUUCACACGAAAAAGCUUGGAUGAACCUCCGGAUUGGAAAAGCUCAGAGACUCCGCUCACAAAGCUCCAUAUUACAUGCAAAGGGACCAUUGAGGAGGAUGGAUAUGGAAUGCUUCAGGUGGAUUUUGCCAAUCAGUUUGUGGGAGGAGGAGUCAUCGGUCAUGGUCUAGUUCAGGAGGAAAUUUAUUUUCUGAUCAACCCCGAGCUCAUCGUUUCUCGACUCUUCACUGAAGCCCUGGAUCAUAAUGAAUGUCUGAUCAUCAAAGGUACACAGCAGUACAGUAAAUACACGGGCUAUGCACAGACCUACCAGUGGGCUGGCAGCCAUAAGGACACAACUCCAAGAGAUGACUGGAAGAGGAGAUGCACAGAGAUCGUGGCCAUUGAUGCCCUGCAGUUCAGGAGCCUUCUUGAACAGUUUCGCCCAGACAGAAUCAACCGGGAGCUCAACAAGGCCUACUGUGGUUUUUCUCGCCCUGAUGAACAAAGUCAAAACCUUGCAGCGGUGGCCACAGGAAACUGGGGCUGUGGAGUUUUUGGAGGUGACACACGUCUGAAAGCUCUGCUCCAGAUGCUGGCAGCUGCCGAGGCGGGCCGAGAUGUGGCCUAUUUCACCUUUGGUGACAGCCAGCUCAUGACAGAUGUCCACAACAUGCACUCUUUCCUCACACAGAGAAACACCAGUGUCGGGGAGGUCUAUGAUCUCUUGGGGCAGUACUAUAGCUCAGUGUGCAAGAGCUGCCUCAGUCGGCGCCCUGACGUCAGCCUCUACUCCUUCAUCUACCAACAGGUCAGCUCUUCCCCAGCGCCCAAUGACUCCAACCAGGGCGCGGCCGGACAGCAUGUCCCCACAGACUGCCAUUAAGGUCAGGUGACCAAUGAGUCACCAUGGCUUGCCUUUGUAAAACAAAACACUUGCCGAAUUAAAACAGUCUCAGUCUGUCUUUUUAUAGCUUUAUUUUUAUCUUGUUUUUUUGUUUGACAGACUUUUAAUUAAUAGUGGUCGAUCUAACAAAUAAUGUCUCUUCCACUGGCAGCCAAAAAUGAAAAUCUGGCACGCAGAUGCUUUUGAAAGCAACUAAACUGCAGAGGGUGAUUAGUUAUGACCCUGUCUGGUGCAGCAGUCCAAACUGUGUUCAUUUUGCUGCUGCUGGUAAUGUGCCGAUGGACUGAGCUUCAAUACGACGCAAUUGUGAUUUUAAUGGUGAAGCAAAGGUUGCCAUCCAUCUUCUGGGUUUGUCAUGUUGCCUUUUUUUACACCCACACAUAUCCAGCUUAAUUGAAUUGGCUGUCAGAAAUCAAGUUAAAGGAAAAGAAUAACAAGAACGGGGUUUGGGAAGCUUGGAGUAUUCUCAGGAAAAGGGGUUUGAUUUAAAGAGCAGUCUGGAUCUCUGAGAUAUUAUCUAGAGACCAUGAAUACAUUUUUGGGGGAUUCUUCGCUGUAUGUGGUGAUUUCAAUGAAUUCAUCUGCACUUAAAAUAUUAAUUUGAUUUGUUUAUUCCUGUAUUUUACAGCCACAGCCUUACUGUUGUAUAGCUACACAUGAAUGAAAAUGGACAAAUCUUUUGUCAGAUUUUGUUUUUCAAACAGCUUGAAUAAAAUAAUAA